AUAAUUGAAGCUCACAAUGUGCGGGAAAACACAACUGUAAAAAACUUAAAACACCACGCCAUCAAGAUGUCAAAUAUCGAAGCUGUCGAUAACAAUAUGAAUAAAACAAACUCCCCAUUGGAUAAAGUACAGAUGACGAGUGUAAAAGAUGCAGAGAAAGGCAAAGUAACAUUUGAAGACGAUCCUACGAAUUGGGCAAAAAUAAUAGCAAUGCUUAUCGCAUUUGGAGUGCUCGUAGCUGGGUGCACAGUCGCAUGGGUGUUCAAAGACUGGCAGACCAGCCUGAUUGUCUUUGGUAGUCUUGUGCUUGCAUACCUCAUACUAUUCAAUUUGAAAUGGAUCUAUAUUGCCAUUAGGACCUUUAAACGGGACAUGUCUGCCCUAUGGUGCUAUAUAAAAAUAUUGAGAUUAACGAAGAAUUUCUCAAAGAGGAACUGGUCAAUGCCUGAUAUCUUCCACCAGAUGGUCAAGAAACAUCCUCAUAAAGCAUGUUUCCUCUUCGAAGAUGAAACUUGGACUUUCCAGCAGAUAGAAGAUUUCAGUUUACGAGUUUCUGCCGUGCUCAAAGCUCAAGGUAUAAAGCGAGGAGACACAGUUGGUGUCCUCAUGAGUAACUGCCCUGAAAUGCCUGCUACAUGGUUGGGGACUGCCCGCAUUGGUGGUAUAUCACCACUGAUCAACACCAAUCAAACUGGCAACGCUUUGUUACAUUCCAUUAACAUUGCCAAGUGCGACGCUGUCAUUUACGGAAGCGAAUAUGAGGAUGCUAUACAAGAAAUGAAGAAAGAACUCAAUCCUGCUAUUAAACUAUUAAAAUAUAAGCGCCGUCCACUAAACACGUCAUCCAAUGUCGUGCAAGUCAUUGACUCUACGAAUGAUUUCACUUCUAUGCUAGAAGCUACCCAACCUGGCCAAUGGUUCCAAUCAGAUAGUGAAGGAUUUAAUGGCAAGCUGACCUACAUUUAUACUUCUGGAACUACUGGAUUACCGAAAGCUGCUGUGAUUUCUUCUUCUAGAAUGUGCUUCAUGUCCUCCGGACUACAUUACCUCGGUUUCCUUAAAACGAGUGACAUCAUCUACUGCCCCAUGCCGUUGUACCAUUCCGCUGGCGGCUGCGUUACCGUUGGACAAGCCUUCAUCUUCGGCUGUACUGUCGUCAUAAGGACAAAGUUUUCUGCUUCUGCUUAUUUCCCUGAUUGUAUCAAGUACAAAGCCACGGCGGCCCAUUACAUUGGAGAGAUGUGCCGAUACGUCUUGGCGACCCCUCCAUCACCAACUGACAAGCAACAUACAGUACGAACAGUAUACGGCAAUGGAAUGAGACCUGUUAUUUGGACGGAUUUCGUCAAACGUUUCAACAUCAAAAGGGUCGUCGAGUUCUAUGGUGCGACGGAAGGAAAUGCAAACAUAGUGAAUGUGGACAAUAAGACUGGAGCUAUAGGAUUUAUAUCGAGAAUUAUUCCAGCCGUAUAUCCCAUUGCCAUUCUUAAAGUUGAUCCUGAAACUGGCGAACCUGUCAGAAAUAAACGUGGACUGUGUCAGUUGGCAAAACCAAAUGAGCCAGGAGUGUUCAUCGGAAAGAUCCAGCCCAAUAACCCAUCAAGGGCUUUCCUCGGUUAUGUUGACAAAGAGGCUUCUGAGAAAAAGAUAGUCAGAGACGUCUUAGCUCAUGGAGAUUCAGCUUUCAUUUCAGGUGAUAUUCUAAUAUCUGACGACCUAGGUUACUUGUACUUUAAAGAUAGAACUGGCGACACCUUCCGCUGGAGAGGAGAGAACGUCAGUACCACCGAAGUCGAGGCAGCGAUAUCCAGAUGUGCUGAUCAGAGAGACGCCGUUGUUUAUGGUGUAGAGAUUCCGAAUAUAGAAGGCCGCGCCGGCAUGUGUGGUAUCGUAGACACGGAUGACUCUCUAGAUUUGGAUAAAUUGAACAAAGCGAUCGCAAAGGACCUGCCCAAAUACGCGAGGCCCGUUUUCUUCAGGGUAAUGACCAGUGUUGACAUGACUGGUACUUUCAAAAUGAGGAAAGUAGACUUACAAAAAGAGGGGUACAAUCCGGCUGUAGUUACAGAUAAGUUAUUUUACUUAGAUGCGAAAUUGGACAAAUACGUACCGCUAGGUAACGAGGAAUAUGCAAAAAUUAUGUCUGGAGCUAUUAGACUUUGAUAUUAAUUUAUUAUUAAUUCAGUGCUGUGAUAAUUGCGAGUUGAAGAACAAUUACAAGUAAAUAUGAUCUAUUUCACUACCAUAUGGAAAUGAAAGAAAAAAAAAACUGUGUUACAAAUUAGCGCUAACUUUGUAACGGUAAAAGACUUACUAUUUUAAAAGUUUGAAACAAUGUAAUGAA